CGAUGAAAUCGACUCCCUCGGGGAUUAGCCAGACGAUAUAGGGUGAGAAGUUGUUUCCCUCCUAGGUCGAAAGCUCGAUUGACUCAAUUACUCUACCGUUAGGAGACGGACUCCCUCGGGAAUGACCCGGAACGGCGAAUCCAUGAAUGUGGUAGGCUCUAUUCAAGCUAGGGAAACCCUAUAUCGUAGGAGAUUGAUGGAAUCGACUCGCUCGGGGAUUUCCUGGACGAUAUGGGGUGAGGAAUUACCCGAAGACGCCAAUAAUGGGCUCUAAGGGGAUUCUCUCCCUCCUAGGUCAAAAGCUCAAUACAUGAAAAUGGAAACCCAACUCAUGUCAUUCAUGAAAACAUCCAUCAAUUAAGAAAAAUCAUCAAUCAACCAUGGAAUGUGUCACAUACAUCAACAUUAAAUCCAAAUCUAGACCUAGGGUUCUUAAACCAAGAGAAGAGAGAAAUUACAAAUUGGAGCCCAAUAUCUUCUUCUUCUGAGCUUGAAUCCUUAUCUUCAAGAUCAACCCAAGCCUCCAAUUAAGGUCCAAGAUCACUCAAACACACUCUCUGUCACACUAGAACUCCCCUUUGGUGUUUUGGGUUGAAACCCUAGAGAGAGUAUCGAAUCCCUCUCCAAAAACCAGUUCCCCCUUUCUUCCUUCUGCUGCUUCCUUUUACACCCAAAUCGAAGGUUGUUCACGGUCUGAGUUCACGACCAUGAACUCAAAGCCUGGACCAUGAACUCGAACAAAUUCACGUCGUUUCACUUCACGGUCAGUAACCUCUAAAAUGGCUAUGGAACCCGACUAUUCCACGGUCACGGUGCAAUUGCCACGGUGACUUUGUGCAUUUUUUCACAUUUUUGCGCUUUUCGACCUCCAAUCGACCCAAAACUUUUUCUCGACCUUCCUGUGCGUACUAAGACCUGAAAUGUAUCAAAUCAAACACAUUACAGCGUAAAAUAGGUCGAGGGACGGUGAUCUACUAAGAAAAACGAACAAGAAAUGAGGGGUAAAAUGUUUGCAUUUGGAUCCGAUCACAAAUGGUUGGGUUGCCUCCCAACAAUCGCUUCUUUCACAUCGUGAGCCGGAAGGUGGCUCCUAAGUUUUGUUCCACCCCAUAAACUCCUUGAAGUUGAGGUUCUCGUCGAUAAGAUGAUGUCUCAAGUCACGAGCAUGUGGCGUAUCAGGUGAUGUAGGCUCGUGCACUUGAUUUAGAUGAAGUCUCCACCCUCGAGACCGCUUCUUCUCUUGUCUCAUUUCCAAACCAUGUAGGAAAACAUCGAUUGACCACUACCGCAUCCACCAAGAGGGAUGGAUGUUGAUGUGGCCUUGUUCUGGCAAAGAGACACUACAAAUGGGUCCUUGCCUAGCAUCUCCUCGAAGUUUGGUGGAGAAAUUAUAUGCAACUGAUGGCCGGUGCAAGCAUCUUCCACCUCAACUUCAUCCACCGCCUGGACGCCAAUGCAUCUACAACCACCCUUCCUUAUUCUGAGUAUGGUCUCUCCCCUAGAUCAAGAACCUCCUCAUCAUGGCUUGCUUCAUCAUCCUCCACGACUUCUUCCCUCACCCUUUGUCGCUCUUCUUCUUCCAACACAAAUUGGAGAGCAAGUCUUCAAGCAAUUUCUUCAAUGAGAUUAUCUUGCAUCUCCUUGCUCGGACUCAGCAUGUCAGAGCAGAAAUGGGGAAAGCUGUGAUGUGCCACCAGAGAACAUUCCUGACUAUGAUUAUCACGGGAGUUCUGCGUGACAACUUCUGUAUGCUCCUCAACAUCCUCGUGAUUAGCUUCUUAUUCCUCCUCCUCUGCUUGUAUGGUAGCAUAAAGGUUGUCUUGAGCAAACUAUGCACAAGCUUUCUCAAUGACGUAUAUAUGCUUCUUUAUGCUCUGGAGGGUCUCCUCUGUUUCACGGGGAAAGAAGAAGUCAGUUUGGGCAAUGGCCUGGAUAUGAGGAUCCAGCUGGGAGCAUGAUCUUUUGACGUCCUGAGCACACUGCUCCAUGAAUUUACUCUUUGGCUUUGGUCGUGGAGUAUAACAUGGCUCUGCAUCAUGGCCUGUGAGGGCCGCCAUGGCUAACUCCAACUCAGAUGGCCCCUCUGGUUGUGGGAGGAAUUCUUCUCAAUAAGGAGAUUGUUCUUGAGGUGCCCAAGGGUCUGGUUGUUUUCCGUAGUAGGAGGUUGGUACUGAAACCCAAAUCAAUAGUCUUCUCCUCCUUGAUUUCUCCAGGAAGUCUCCAGGCAAUACCACUCAGGUGGUAGUGGAUACCCCCAAUGGUUAGAGAAGCCAUGAGGAUCCAUGUUUUAGACCUGCACCAACAAAAAUGCUAAACUAACAAACUUCUGCCUUUCCUAAUAAUCUAGAAAGUUCGUUGGCAACGGCGCCAAAAACUUGACUCUCUAAAACACAACUCCUAACAGUGGCCAAUUGUAACCAAUGAAAGGGACUACAUUAU